GCGGCGCGGCCUAGCGCGGGCGGCGGCUGAAGGAAGCCUCGAGCCCUGCAAUGUCUCGCCAGAGAGGCGGCAGGUUCGCCAAACCCCGGGCCGGCUUCCAGCCCGACAGCCAGCAGCCGACCGUGGCCGCGGGGUUAAUCAAAACCGCCAGAAAGAGUGGCCAACUGAACCUGUCCAACAGGGGCCUGACUGAGGUGCCGCAAAGUGUGUGGCGGAUAAAUGUGGAUCCUCCGGAGGAACAGAACGUGAAUGUCUCCUUUGGUGCAAGCGAUUGCUGGUGGGAACAGACUGACUUGACUAAGCUGAUCCUGGCCUCUAACCGACUCCAGUGCUUGUCUGAGGACAUCCAGCUCUUGCCAGCCCUUACGGUGCUCGAUGUCCAUGAUAAUCAGCUGACGUCCCUUCCUCGUGCCAUCGGGACCCUGGUCAAUCUCCAGAAACUCCACAUCAGCCACAAUAAGCUGAAGGAGAUGCCAGAAGAACUGGGUUUGAAGCACCUGAAAAGUCUUCACUUCCAACACAACGAAGUGGAGCAGGUGCCGGACGGAGUGGGGCAGCUUGUACACUUGGAGGAAUUGGACGUGUCCAACAAUCAGCUCUCGUCGGUGCCGAGCAGCUUGAGUGAGCUCACCAGUCUGCUGCGGCUGAACCUGGCCAACAAUAAACUGCGGAACCUGCCCCCAGAGAUCAGCCGGAUGAGCAGUCUGAAGCUGUUGGAUUUGACUCGGAAUCAGCUGGAGUCGGUGCCCCCGGAGUUGGCGAAGAUGGUGUCCCUGGAGCAGCUGUACCUCAGACACAACAAACUCAGGGGGCUGCCCGAGCUGCCGUCCUGCCAGUUCCUGAAGGAACUGCACGUUGGGAAUAACCAAAUCGAGUAUCUGGGGCCCGAGCACCUGAAGAACCUGAGUGCCAUCAGCGUGAUCGAGCUCCGGGAUAACAAGCUCAAAUCCCUGCCCGACGAAAUCCUCCUGCUGCAGGGCUUGGAGCGCCUGGACCUGACAAACAACGACAUCAGCAGCUUGCCUUACGCGCUGGGAAACCUUCCCAAGCUGAAGUCUCUGCUCCUGGAGGGUAACCCCCUGCGAUCCAUCCGCAGAGAUAUCCUUAACAGAGGAACACAGGAGCUUCUCAAGUACCUAAGAGGCAGAAUCCAAGAAGAAUCAAACGACCAAAGUGUUGGCUCCACGAUGACAGCUAUGACCCUUCCGAGCGAGUCCAUUGUGGACACCUAUUCUCUUGGAACCCUGAAGGUGCUACAGUACAGCGACCGGAAAGCCACCGCCGUCCCACCCGACGUGUUCGAUGCCGUGGGAGAGAUUGCCAUCACAACCGCCAAUUUCAGUAAGAACCUGCUAACAGAGGUUCCCUCCAGGAUCACGGACUUCAAGAACACAGUCACCGACGUGAACCUGGGGUUCAACAAGCUGGCUUCCCUGUCCUCGGAGUUGUGUGCACUCCAGCGCCUAACACACCUGGACCUCAGGAAUAACCUUCUGGCCUCACUGCCUGUGGAGAUGAAAAGCCUUCAGCGGCUACAGACUGUCAUCCUGUCUUUUAACAGGUUUAAGGAAUUUCCUGAGGUCCUGUACCAUUUCCCAGCGUUGGAAACUCUUCUGCUCGGCAAUAACCAGGUGGGCUCCAUCGAUGCUCCCCGCCUGGCGAGCCUGGAUAGGUUGACGACUCUGGAUCUGACGAACAAUGACUUGCUGCACGUUCCUCCCGAGCUGGGGAUGUGCGGGAGUCUCCGGAACCUCCUGCUUGAUGGAAACCGUUUCCGAACCCCACGGGCAGCGAUUCUGGCCAAAGGUACAGCUGCCAUCCUCGAGUACCUCCAAAGCCGCAUUCCUACAUAAACCUGCACUCGUUGGGAGCCAGGGCUGUGAAGGUGUUAAUCAAUUAACAACACUUUAAUUGUGGGAGAAGGGGAGCUGAGAGGGGAGGUGCUAAGUGGAGAUUAAGUCUAAAUUUGCUUUCUGAUUACAGAUCGGUAAGAUUUCUUAUGUACACACCCGCACAUUGUGCGUCCCUCGCUGUGUGUGUGCUUUCUGCAUGCGUGGGUUUGUGUUAACAGGUUUAAGGACCCAUCACAACAGCUGUGUGUGCGUCUCCCCCCCGGUCAGGUCUCAUGUGUCCCACUUCUCCUUAGACAUGAAAAACCAUUGAGAGGUAUAAUGUGCCUUUGUGCUGCUUGCGAUUUAGUCUCGUUGCUGUGACAUUGUGGCCUCCUGCCCCUCCUCCCCUGCUGGCCGAAAUCUGACCGAAACACUCGUGAUUUGUGUGUGACGUUUUUUUUGCACCUUUUUUUUAAAAAAUGAAUCACUUAUUUGUUUGGACACGUGAAUAAACUCGAUCGAACCAA